AUGCGGUGGUAGACUGGACACGCUAGGAAUAACGACAGUCCUGGAGGUCAUUCAUGACCAGAGCAGCAGACCGGAGACCGCCAGUGCUGGGGGGCUCCAGCAGGGAGUCCGUAAGUACACUCCACCCCUGAAUUCUGACUCAUAGUCUGAAACGCCCAGGCCUACCUACAGAAUCAGAACCUGGGGAGAGAAUGUGGGGAGCAGAGCAGGAAGGCGGCUGAAGGAGGGGACAGCCGGGCCUCAGGAACGGUCAAAGCUCCCUUCGCCGAGAGCCCACGUGUCGGGCCAGGCCUCACGCCGAGGCUGCAGGAAUCCCAGGGUGCGGUGACCCCAGAACGUCUGGAAUCCACUGGCCCACGACAUGGGUUGCCACGCCCCGCAGCUCCCGAGGACGGAAUGGACCCUCUUUGUGAGGUGCUCUCUGAGGCGGUGGGUGGGGGGCCCACAACAGAUUCCGCUUCCGCUGGGUGAGAGCCGGAGCGGGAGAUGGUUCUCACCACGCUGGGGGCUCUGUACCCCAGGGCCGGGCUGAGCCUCUUCCUCCUCUACUUUGUCCUGGCGGUUACACUCCUCCGCCCCCAGCCGCUGAUGCCUCAGCAAGACGAACCCGCGGAACUGGCAGCCCCCCUGCAGCUCUCUGAGCCACUUCCCGGCCUGGUGGACGACUAUGGGAUUCUGCCCAAGCACCCUUGGCCUCGAGGGCCUCGAGGGCCUCGACCCCUCCUCUCACGGGCGCAGCAGCGCAAGCGGGACGGGCCGAACAUGGCCGACUAUUACUACGACGCCAACCUGUGACAAGACGCCCUCCCUAUAAAGUUAUUUUGUGCAGCAGGCGCCUGGCUGCUCCUGGGCCGAGAACGAGCACACACACAGCCGCUGUGGUCCAGACAGGAAAUGGCACUUUAAUAGCUGUCGCCAGGGGCGGGACCAGGAUGGGCCUGGGCCAGUCCAGAAGCUGCCGUUUCCUGCUGGGCAGCGCGCCCUCCCCGUGAGGCUCCACCUGCCAGGGCCAGCAUGCCAGGGAGGCUGCAGGGGAGCCCCCAGCGGGCACCCAAGUGCCAGCGCUGGGAACCAGGCCUGGCCUCCACCUGCCAGUGUUUCCUUCUGG